UUGGAUUGUGACGAUGGCUUUUUUGAAGAUCAACUUGAUAGACCUCAAACGUCUCUCUGUUCUCUUUUAGUUGAUAUACAGCUAUCUGAUAUUGUAGAAGUCUGGGAGCUCUUCGGGAUUACGAAGUCAUAUAAGCAUUAUAUUAUGAUGACUUCAAAGAAUGCCAAAUUUAAUAUUGGUCUUAUUGCGAAAAAAUGGUAUCUAGAAGAUAUUCAAGAUCAAGAUGGUCAAUUAAAAUUACAAGAAACUAUAGAAGUUAAGAAAGCCCUUAAUUUAGCUCUAGAUUUAAAUUGUGAAGACGAAUUUCUUGAUAUUAUAAGCAACUUUAUUACCCGUAAAAAAAGUAGCAUACAAAGCACAAGCAAUGAGAAAAAUUUAUGCGUCUUAGAUCCCUUGGUUCAAAAACGACAUGGACGUCGACCAAAUAAGCGUAUUAAAUCAGCAACAGAGAAGUCAUAUCACAGUAGUUCUGGAAACAGCGCAAUCAACCCACCUGAUCCCAAUUUGAUAUCUAGAAAAAAGGCUAACCAAGAUAAUUCUAAUAAUGGUUUAUUAAAUGUAUCUGAUUAUGAAGAUACAAAUGUACGUACACAACCAAUGCAACAACGAUAUGCAUUUAGAAAUCCUCUUCACACUCUUAAUAGCAAUGAUAUUCAUAUUCAAGAAAAAACUGAUUUUAAUGAUACUGAUGAGGUUGGUGAUGAUGUGUCUAAUUCUGAUAAAUCAUUUAUUGUAGAUGAAAAUAUAAUCAAGUGUAAAUACAUAUAUAAAGCAUGUGGCAAAUCUGGACAUAAUAUAAAUUUCAAGAGUGAAAAUUGA